UUUCUUCCGCUCCUCCUUCACCCUUGCGGAAAGCGGAAGUUGAGGAACCCCUCUGAGACAUUCUCUCCGGUCCGCGCUCCGCCGCUUGUCGUCCUUCUCUUCUUCGACCAGUCCAUGGCCACGUACCCCUACCGGACGGGCCCCGGGGGCGGCUCUGGCCCCGGGCCUGCCGCUGCCGCGUCCCUCCCAGACCAGAGUUUCCUGUGGAACGUCUUUCAGCGGGUUGAUAAAGACAGGAGUGGAGUAAUAUCUGACAGUGAACUUCAACAAGCAUUAUCUAAUGGCACAUGGACUCCAUUUAAUCCUGUGACUGUCAGAUCAAUCAUAUCGAUGUUUGACAGAGAGAACAAAGCAGGAGUGAACUUUGGUGAAUUCACUGGAGUUUGGAAGUAUAUCACAGAUUGGCAGAAUGUCUUCCGGACAUAUGAUAGAGACAACUCUGGAAUGAUCGACAAAAAUGAACUAAAGCUAGCAUUAUCAGGUUAUCGGUUAUCUGACCAGUUUCAUGAAUAUCCUUAUCCGAAAGUUUGACAGACAAGGAAGAGGACAGAUUGCUUUGAUGAUUUCAUUCAAGGCUUGCAUUGUUUUACAG